AUUUUACAAAAAUGGAUUUAUCGCCACGGUACGAAUUUAUUUAAAUAACAUAUAUUUAACAAAAUAUACAUAAUAUUGAUACAUAUAGCUAUAUAAUAAUGGAUGAAUUUGCAAAGAAAUAUAUUCAACCCGAUCGAGAUUUACUCAACUGGGAAAAAUGGGUAAAGGUGAGAGAAGACGAAACAAUAGCCAUUGGCCAAAGAAUACAGAGGCAACCUAUAGAUAUGGUUAUGAAUUUACAUGAAAAAUCACGCGAAAAUAAAGAAAUUAAAUCAAUAUUGCAAGACGCUCAAGUAAAAGAGCCAGCAACAUUUAGAGGCGAACCCUGGACUCUACCAACAAGACUCAAACAAAGAUGUUACUGCGAACCUGUGUAUGAAGUUUAUCAAAAGCCUGAAGAGAUCGGACAGCCCCGUAUCAUCGAACAUAUCGGAGUACCACAAUACAUUUUAGAACAUGAAAAAAAUGUUCAUGGCGUUUCAGAACGCAACAAAUGUGUGCGAUUAAACAAUGAAUACCAGAAGUAUAAGAAAAAACGAGAAGAACAGUUUAAAGAAAAAAUAAAAAUAAUAGAUCCGCAUAGGUCCGACAUUAGUGAAUUAUUUGUGAAAGGCAAUAGACCCAAACCACCAUCAAAACCUUUGCCAUCCCUGCCAGAUAUAAAAAUAACGACAGUAGAGGAGUCCGAAGAAACUUUUAAAGUGUAUAGUGUGAGAAUUAAUAAUACGGUAUUCAUUAAAGAAACUGCCGAACGACAUCUGACGUCAAAGCUGCUCAAGUUACAAAACGAAAAGUGGCAUGAACCUUGCUCGUCGUGGUCGUAUUAUUUUAACGUGCCUAAAUGUCGAGUGGGUAGAGCUAAACUAUUUUUGCAAAAUUUAGGAACGGUUACGUUAAGGUAUUGCUGGAAAAAAAUAAGACAACAGACUCCUUUCAUUGAGGAAGAACUUAUGAGUCAAGUAUUUUUCUUUAACAAAAAUGAAAAUAUUUUACCCCCUGGUCAAACUAGAGAAGUGUAUUUCACGUUUGUUUCUUGCGAUAUCGGUAUCUACAGAGAAUUGUGGGAGCUAAGUUUUUGCAAUGUAUCAUUUUUUGCAGAUCUGUCCCAAAGACUUGUGAUUAAUUUGCAAGCAGAUACUAUAGAGAACACGGAGAAAAUUCGUCGGAGAGUAGACAUUCUGAAGGUAAGACUCAACAGAAAAGCUAUUCGAAAACUCAUCAGAGGUCUCUUAUACAAUGUUGUUAUUAAAGUAACAAGCGUGGAACCACAAAUAUACCCCUAUCAAAAAUACCUCUUGGAAUCUGAUAUAUUCCUUAUGAAGAAUCCGGUAUGUUAUUACAAUCAAAGCGAAGUGAUGAAAUUAAAGGAAAUUUAUUCGGAAAUGCAGCCAGGUAAAGUUUGGGACUUGUCAAUUGCCACAUGGAGAAAGGCGAUGAUGAAAAAAGAUUUCAUUGAACGAAUGCAAUACUUUGGAAAAUUAAAACAAUCGCAAAACAUAUUACUGACACCUUGGCUAGAGGAUGAAAAUCGUAACCCAAAACACGUUGCAGUAAAACUUAUUCUGUCGAAGUUAGCUGACAAAUUUGACAAGGUAUACGAUGCUCUGAAUCACAAUAAGGUCAGCAAUGAUACAGAAGUCAAGAAAAUGCCUGAGGAUAAAUUGUUGCAACAUAUGAUAUUCUACAUUCGCAUGCGAGAUCACAUUGGAAUAGCUAUAGAACAUUGUGCUGGUGUGGUGAGGAGCUUGGAUUUAGAGCGAUGGAUUCAUUUUGAUUUUUGUCAGUAGUUAUUUUUAGCUUUGUUACUUAUGUACAUUAGUUUCGAUAAUUGUAACAUUAAUAAAAAUGUUUAAUUUA